UGGCGCCGUGGAGAAUAUUAAACUGUGUUUAGUUCCUGAAUACGUAAAGUUUUUUGGAUUUUAACGGUUUCCAAAUUUCCGUCGCGAACCGACAUCACGUGCAAACGCUUGUAAGGAUGUUACCUGACUACGGUUAAAUUUUGGCCAGGAAUUUCACGCUAAGAAUGUCGCAGAAAAAUAAAAAACGGAAGUUAGAGGGGGAGGAACAGACCAUGUCCGACUGGGAGCAGGAGAAUAUUUUCCUAGGCAAAACAAGACAUGAAAUGGAAUCUAUGUGGGAGCUUCCACAAAUAUUUCAUUUUCUUCAUCUGACGAAAGAAACUUUAAAUAUACCUCAUUUGUCCAUGUACGAGAUGGAACGUAUGCUUUUAAUACCAAGAGCUUCGAAACAAUUGGCAAACAUCAUGACUUCUUUGUUAAGUUCCCCCAUCACCAAAGCAAAGUUGAGGAAAAUACCACCCAUGCCGUACGAGUUCUGGACAAACAUUUUAGCCUAUAAGAUAAAAAGUUGGUUCAAAAUUUACGAGGGGAAACAUCGGGAUGCGGUGAAAGUUCUAGAAACCAUCGGCGUCGAGCCGGAAUUCUGGAAUGUUUUCCCCGACGCGCCUCUUCUGAAUGGCAAAGAUUUCGAGGAGUUGAGUUUCAAACAGAAAGUCUGGCUUCUAAAAACAAUCUGUGAUACGGUCAUGCACACUAGGAAAACUGUACACGAAGAGAUAGCUAAGCAACCAUGGGAAGACCAAUUUGAGACAGUCUUAGGGACCGAUCGCUAUGGGGCAAGAUACAUUUAUUUCCCACAAUUCCUUAAAAGUGAUCUGCGAGUCUAUAGGCAUUGUCUCGAUAAUAAAAUUCUAUCCUCCGUGAAGCCCAUCAAGCCAAAGUUGAAAACGGGCACGGAAAAUAAAAUACUAAAGCAAACCGACUCGAUGAGGAAAAAAGCUAAAUACAAAAAAAGAAAAACACGAUGGAGCAACGGUUUGUCUACGAAGUCGAGGAAAAAAGUAAACAAAUCUGACAAAAAGGAAUCGAACGACUGCAAGUGCACUAGCGAUAGUGCUACGAGCUCCUUGAACAAAGACGCAGAUCUGAGUAGUACAAGCACCUGUAAUAAUAAUAAUAACAAUAACAAUAAUAACAGUAGUGAUAAUAAGAAUAAAAAAAAAAUUAAUUUAGAUAUCAUUAAUGGAAAAAGGUCGAGAAGUUUAUCGAAAUGUUCGGAAAUGAGCGCGGAGCCUAAUGAAACACACUGUAAAAAUGUAAAUUCGAGUGGUUGCGAUACAACCAGUUCACUAGAAACGACUUCCGACGCGAGGUUGCCUGGGAAAAUGUUCAAGGGAUUCUCGGAUAGUAGCAGUAAUGAAAAAUGUAAUAUAGAAAUACUUAGCGGUAUACUGAGCAAUUUGAAGUCUGAAACCAGCGAAGAGAAGGGGACGGACGAUGUGAACGAUUCGUCGACGCAUACUUCGCAGAUCAAAGUAGAAUCGAACCCAAUGAGACAAUAUUUAGAUACGAUGGAUUUGGGUACAGGUAGAAGCGGAUCUGUUGAUAAUUUGUCCAACAUUUCGAAGACCGAUGACGAGAAGUUGAACGAAAUUAUCAGCGCCGAAUGCUUGAAGUUGGGCGACAAAGGUUCCAGUAAUUUUCACACAGUUAGAGAGACGCACCAAAUAUCAACCACGUCGAAGUCCGACGACGAGAAAUUAAACGAAACCAAAACCGGCCACAGCACGCCCGAAGAUAAUGUUAGUCUUAUCGAGGAGACGACGGAAUAUAAAAUUACCAGGCAAAGUAAAGGACUCGUUAAAGAUCAGAAACGAAAUGAUCUGAUCGCUAGGGACAAGAGGGAAUCGCAACCAGGUCAAAGUAGCGACGUUUUAGACGAGUCAGAAUCCGACGACGAGCAGAAUCUCUCUCUGAGCGAAUUGAGAAGGAUAUUGCAACGAGAAGCAAUGGACGACGAUAGCGAAAUCGGAUACAACCUUCGAAAAGUAAAGAAUGAAAAAUCGCAUCGUUGGACGCAAGAAGUGCAAGAUUUCAAUGGGAUGCUAUUGGAGCUCGGUGUUUCGAAGUUUCAACUUGUAGCUGAUAGCGUCGAUUCAUUGAGGGACCUCAUAUCUACUUUUUUACAGAAAAGCAACAAUCCAAGCGCCGAUACCGACGAUGACAUUGAGCCUAUACCUCAGUGCGAAGUGAAACUGGUCAAGAAAUUGUCAGAUCUACUCGCCUCUUUGAAGGAAAUGGAGUCGGCGUUGUGCGACUCGUUUAAAAAAGCCAGGGCGAAGCUACAAAGAGAAUUGGCCAAUUUAAAAGAAGGUGUGGAGUGUCAGGACUCAUCUGGGGAGGGUGUCGGCUCUAAUUGGUGGGUUCUUGGAUCACAGGGCUAUCCACUGCCAACUUCCGGAGAUGCAACGUUUCAAACGUUACCGCAGUCUACCUUAUCCCCAACUGGUCACCAAAGCAACUCCAACAAAAACGAAGAACGCCAAGAGAAAUGUGUCAGCCUCGCAGAGGACAGUAAACAAGAUCCCCAAGAGUGCAAAGACGGACAGGGCGAGAACGCAUCAAGCGAAUUGCAGAGAGGCGAGGACAAUAGCCAGGAAAGCACAGGAGCCGAAGAAGAAGCAAAGGAAGGCUCAAACUACGACGAAGGACAAGAAACGCGAAGAGUAUUGCGGGCGCGCGGCGUCUCUUCCUACACAGAACAAUUUUAUUCAGAUGACGAGAUUGAAGAGAACGAGCUGGAAGAAUGGGCCAACGUUGAGGCAGUCUACGCGGCUCCCAGCGCACAGGCCAGUACAUCCACUCCUUACUUUAGUGCGAAAAUCAAAUACGCUGAUGGUCGAACAAAUGAAGAGGAGGACUCAGACCAAGAUUGGAUUCUACCAAGCUCUCGCAAAAGGAAAAAUAAACGUCCGUCUGCCAAUAGAAGAUUAAAAUCAUUCGAACACAAAUUACAAAGCAUUAAAGUUGACGAGCUACAAGAGGCAGCGGAAUCGCUAGUGGCUACCCCGUCGAUUGUAAAAAAUGAGAAAGAUAAACUUACGGCCAAAGACACCCAAAUACGCAAAUCGGAGAACAUUACCGAUUCGAAAGCUUUCGAAGCCAAUGCCGCCGAGGCGAAUCACGAGGCCGUGCCAGAGAGUCAUGAAGCCGUAGCAAAGAAUCAGGAAGCUGCAAUAGAGAAACACGAGGCUGUGGCAGAAAAUCACGUUGCUGUGGUGGAGAAUAAUUCUAAAAAAACAGUGCCUUCCGCGGAAACGAUCAGCAAUAUCGAGAACUUCGAGAGCGUGCAUUCGGAGCUGGAUAUCAAAGAUGAGGGGCCGAUUUACGAUUACGCGCCGUGUCAGGUUGAUAAUGGUUACACCCCUACCCUAAACUCGAAUUACAUGGUGAUCAAAACCGAACCCAAUCCGAUGAAUUAUUACGUGAUGCAACCGAAUACAGCAACCGUCGUUUCGCCCAACACGAUCAUGCAACCUGGACCGAUGGUCUCGAGUAUCGUGCCGCCGGUGCAGCAAGGUUAUUACGUACACGGAGGGCAAAAUUACAUUAUUCAGAAUCCGCAACCAGGUGUGGUUCCUCAUCAUUCGUUGCAACCGCAGGGACCGCAAAUGAUAACGCCCCAGCAAUUUGUCAACCAUCCUGGUUACGUGCCAUACAUGGUAGCAACGGCGCAUCCGCAGCGCGAAUUCAUACCCGCGAAUCCUCAGUUUUAUCAUCCGAAUUAUCAUCAAAAUCCACCCAUGCCGACUCAUUCCAAUCCGGACAUAUCGAUCAGGCCUAGCCAGAACAGAUACCCGAUAUCGCGUCACAAUUAUCCACAUCCUACCAACGGUGCAGUUAUAAGAAGCAACAUGCCGAUCAGAGGAAAUUUCCCGCGAACGAAUAACGCCAGAUUGCCGAGGAGCAUGCCGCAGCCACGCGGAAGCCCCGCCAGGGCACCGAGGCCAAGGAAAACGAACACAUCGUCGGAGAGCCAGGCCAAGACAACUUCUUUGAUCGUCCUCAGCGAUAGCGACGACGAGAUCGAAAUGAUCGUCACUCAGAAGACAGGCUCUACGAGCGAAACGGGGAAAACGAAGACGACGCCUCGUAGAAACUCUGCGCAGAAUAAACAGACGCCGACCGUUAUUUCGGAUAUUACAGUGGCCACGCCGAAAGGAUCCAUCCCGCAGCAAAUAAUACAGCGUAUGAGCCAAGGUGGCAUCUCGAUAACGCCUGUGAAACCUGCGCCGCCGGUUCAAAGCCCGAACACGCAGCUGGUGGUGGUCGUCAAUGAUACUGGAAGCCAUUAUGCCUUAGCACUGCCAAACGGAAGCAAGCUCAUCCUGACUCCUGAACAGGUGGCGCAGAUACGAGCGUCGAACGGCGGGAAACUAAUUUUGUAAAAUUGAAUUUCCUCCGAACGGAGAGGGAAAAUUACACGGAGGAACUUUCGUGAGUGAAUGGUAAUCUUGAGCCGUAUUUAUGCCUCUUCGCUCUGGAUAAUCAUCCGUAACCAUUGUCCAAAGCAAAGAGAUGUAAAUUCAGCUUCGGUAAGUUGUGAAUGGAGCGGACUGAAACGACGCACUUUGAUCUCUUUCACUUAUGAUGUGCUUUUGAAGCUGAUGUUCCUGCAGUGUAUAGUGGAGGCUACGAUUCUGUACGUGUAUUAAAAUACACCGUGUACACGUGUCACGUGUACCUGCGUAAACCGUCACACGAUUUAAAGAACACGUGUAAAGACAGUAGUGCACCUUAUUUCAUGAAUAUUUAACACACAUGUAUUUAAGGUUUGACGCAUUUAUUAUAUUUUCUUGUUAUUUGUCUACGAUUGUUGCAUCGGCGUGUUUGAACCAUUUAGUAAAUUGAAUUUGUUGUAAUGGAUGGCAUUAUACAAAAUUAAAUACGCAGGGUGGAUUGCUAAAUAAAUGAACGAUAAAAAAAUCGCCGUUCAAAAUAUAACAAAUUAAGAAGUACUCACAAUUUUACUUAAACUUCUAGAACUUCUGGAAUACGGGGAUUAAUAGUAUGGAACAUUUGAAAUAAUACUCAUCUUGCCUCUGAUAAUUCGUAAGAUUUUCUACUUGCAUUUAAGAAAAACAAUCGUUUAUUAUUAUUUCGUUAGGUACAAAAUUGUCUGGUUUGUCAACGACGAUAGACAUUUUAGUUGGUUACAUAAGGGUUAAAUAUGAACGAAAUAAGGACUAGUAAGGACGAAGUAACUUCAUACGUGAAGAUACGUACAAUCAUAAUUUUACGCAUACACGUGAGAAUCUGUGUAGACGCGAAAUAAGGAGUCUUUAAUGUUUAGUACAGAAUGUGACUCUCGCCUCUUCCUUUUUACACUUGGCGAAUCAGUUUGUGCAAAUAAGUUACAUUUAAUGUGUACGAAAAUUUUUUAUUUUAAAAACUUGGGGCAAUAUUUGGGCAUGUUUCGUUUUUAGAAACUGCCAAAACGUAUUCGUUCGUAAUCGAAUUGACUAAUAGUUUCUGUUAUCGACAUUGAUUAACGAAAGAGCAUAAUAAUACUAUUCUUUAAUAUGUGAUAUUUCAUUGCUGGAUAUAUAUGCUAGCGACAUUACUUUAUCUAUAGUUUUUAUGUUUUGUAAUACAUUGAUUAAGCAUUAAGUAUAAAUUGAAACGAAAGAAUUCAAAGUAUGCAAUCAUUUUUAUUCAGAGCUAUGAGUUUCAGUAUAAUGUAUACGAACAACGUUUUCCCCGUGGAAGAGAAUUAUUUUUUCUUCUUUUUUUUUUUAUUUGAAUUAAUUAUGUUUAAAUUUAUUGCGAUUGUUUAUAUCACCACAAACGAAGCCCAACUUCGAAAUGUUGAGUCUUUA